UUUGCUUUAAAAGCGCUCGCCCAAAACCGAGCUGCCCUUCACUCCUCUUUUCUACUGUUGUCACAAACAAGCAAGAAAAAGCCUCGAAACCUACACUAGAAGCACUCCUUCUCUGUAAUCAAUCACAAACCCCUUCACAACCAUGAGCGCUAUGACCGCAAUCAUUGCCGACGUCAAGCAGUACAAGGAAAUUCUUCCUCUCCUUGCCGUUGUCGGCACCGCUGUCACCUACGGCGUCGGAUCAAUGAUCCACACUGCACGAAAGACCGAUGUUGUCUUUGACCAUCGCAACAAUCCCUUCCCGUGGCAGCAAGUCGCAGAAACAGCUGCACCCAAGGCCCACCAACGCCGACCAUAAAUUGGAGGCGUGGCGCUUCGUCGUAGCGGGCAAACCCUUGUCCAAUAAUGGGUUGCUCUGAUCAAGAUGCGCUCGCCGAACAUUAUUUCCUCGUCGUUGUCUGUACAUAAUCUCUUAGUUGGAUGUUAAUACACAAUUUAGUUUUUUUCA